AUGAAUAUUUUUUCGUUAUCACUUACUCUAUUUGUACUAUCACUUAUUGUAGUUUUUGUACUUAUUGAUAUUCUAAGAUUGAAUCCACAGAGACCUUUAACUCUGAAAUAUCGAUUAAGAAGGUUUUUAAAUUGGUUCUCACUUGGAUUAUCUUAUUCAGCUAUUUAUAUUGGUAGAUAUAAUUUUUCAUUGCUCUCAGUGGUUACUCUCUCGAAUGGAAAGAAUCUACUGAGCACUGCCCAAUUCGGUUGGAUUAUGAGUAUUGGCUAUUGGACAUACGCCUUUAUUAGCCCAUGGACAGGAUCUAUCGGUGACUAUCUCGGUCCAAAACCCUGUGUAGUUAUUGGCGUCUUGGGAUCGGGUUUGACAAAUAUCCUGCUGGGUAUUACAUUGAUCGGUCACGACAGUCCAGCCGCUAAAGUCAUUCCACCCACUUUGCUAUUUGGAUUCUUCAAUGGCUUGAACUUUAUUUUCCAAUCAAUGUCGACUGGAUCGGUAAACAAGAUAAACUCGGGAUGGUAUAGACGUUCGGAGAUUGGUGUUUUCGGUGGUAUUUUCUCGGCUGUCCUGGCAACUGCCUAUUUCUUUACACUAAACGUAGGUGAGGGAAUCUUGAAUUCGCCACUAAGCUGGAACUUUUUAUUCUUGGCACCUGGAGCACUGUUAGUAUUCACCGGUAUCCUAUGCCUUGUCGUAGUAACCGAGAAGCCAUAUCAAUGCGGUUGGGAUGUUGAUCUCACCGAUCCAGUAGAGCAUCACCUACACACUGAAGAUAACCAUCCAGAGAAGAUCCAAAUGUCGAUGAUCAACUCUUUUGUAGAGCAUCAUUCAGAUUUCGAGAGUGAUGAUAGUAAUGAAGAUCCAAAGAAAAAGGUAGCAGAGAACAGUUCAGCAAUAGAUAGUAAUAAUAGUAGUAGUAAUAAUAAUAUAAUAAUUAUUAGUGAACAAUGGAAUGAUACCAAUAUGGAUACUAUAGAUAUAAAAGGAGAAAUGAUGGACAAUCGUUUAAUUAUUAAUAGUGAAGAUGAUCAUUCAUUCGAUGACAAACCAAUCCAAGUUAAAACAAAAUUGACAUUUAAACAAGCUGUAAAGGAGAUGGUAAAAGAAGUAAUGAAAAAAGAAAACAUUCAGCCAUUACUAAGUAAAGAUAAUAUCAUGAACGCAAUCUCAUUGUUUUGUGUCGGUUGGAUAAAAGAAGGUUUUAUUGCAUGGUACACACCUUUCCUAAAUGAUAAAUUUGGUCCAAAUCCAAGCCAAACAUUGCUGACACUUUGUACUGCAGGUGUAUCGAUUGGUGCAAUGACAGGUGGAUUCCUGUGUGGAUUGUUAUCAGAUUUGGCGUUCAAUUCAAAGAGAUCCCCAUCGCUAUUUAUAUUUUUCUUUUUCCUCAAUGUUUUGAUCGCCGCACUUUAUUUCCUGUCGGACGCAGUCGCCUCGACAAUCACUCUGAUAACUCUGAUGGUAAUUAUGUUUGGUACUAAUAAUGUAUUAAGUGUAACUGCAUUGUUGGAUCUUGGAACAGUUAGAAAUGCUGCACUCAUGGCUGGACUCUUGACAAUGUUCCAAUAUAUCGCUAGUGGAUUCUCCGGAUUCUUCUUGGGAUACAUUGUUCAAGAGUUUGGUUAUGGUGUUUGGAUAUUAUCGAUGAUACCAUUCAGUUUGGCUGCAAUGGUUAUGCAAUUUAUUAGUGGAGUUCAAGAGCUAUUGUUUUGGAAGAAAUGGAUUAAAUUAGGUAAAAAUAAUGCAGUCUCUUCCUUGCACUCGGAAACCCAAAUUAAACAUUAA